AUGUUAUUGCUGCCUGUUAUACUGUCUUCACGCACUGAACCACCAGAGUUAUCGGGAAUGAUGCGCGCUGCAACUGAUGACAUCAUAGACUCUUUGGUGUGUCCACCACCGCCCAGUGAUCCUCCUGUUAUAUCCGAUGACAUGAUAUCAGGUCUCAUCGUGCCCGCACCUGCUUGGAGUAAAGAAUUAUACAGUCCAGAUACAGAUGGACAUGGCAAUGGGAUUGCGGCCGGACCACCCAAGGUCACUUCUCGUACUAACUCCUUCGAGAUAGAGAAUCUGCUUAAGAGUGCCGAACAAGUAACUGGGUGGUGUCGAUCGCCAGCUGACACGCGGCGAGGCAGCCCCACUGGCAGUGUGGUAAGCGGCGCAGCUGGUACUCCUUCCAGACACCUAUCUGAUGUAGAUAAACUGAAGAAGGUCCUACUUGAACUCGUCGACACUGAACGAGCCUAUGUAAAGCACCUGAACAACUUACUGGAAAACUAUUUGGAGCCCUUGAAAAAGGAGACUUUUUUAUCAAACGCCGAAAUCAACGCUCUGUUUGGAAACAUACAAGAAAUAGUAACAUUCCAGAGGCAAUUUUUGCAAAACUUAGAGGAAGCACUCGAGGUUGAACCAAAUUUCCACCACUUCGAAUCAUCAAGUCAGUUUAAGGACGUGUUAUUCGCCGUUGGUAAUGCAUUUCUUUAUUACGUCAAUCACUUCAAAUUGUACAGUUCUUUCUGUGCAAGUCAUAGUAAAGCUCAGAAGGUUUUACAUCCAAAUGAAGGUAACCAGGCCCUGCAAGAGUUCUUAGCCGCAAGAAAUCCGAAGCAACAACAUUCAUCGACAUUAGAAUCUUACUUAAUAAAACCAAUCCAAAGGAUACUAAAAUAUCCGCUGCUUCUACAACAAUUGAGAAAUUUGACUGAAAAUAAUUCCGAAGAACAAAACCAUUUAAUCGACGCUCUCAAAGGAAUGGAGAAAGUUGCUGAACAUAUAAAUGAAAUGCAACGAAUACACGAAGAAUACGGUGCUAUAUUUGAUCAUUUGUUUAGACAACAUCAGAAAUCAUGCAAACAACCUAUAGAUCUAAGUCCUGGUGAUUUGUUAUACUACGGCGGAGUAGAAUGGUUGAAUAUUUCAGACUUUUUAGGAAAAAUUAAGAAAGGAUUAGAAUUGCAUGCAAUGUGCUUUGUUUUUAAAUCAGCUGUUGUCUUCCUAUGUAAAGAAAGACUGAGACAGAAGAAAAAAUUAAUGGGUGUGUCAUCGAAGAAUAACAGUAACGAGGUGGAGAUAAUCCGAUAUCAGGUUCUGAUUCCUGUAACAGAAGUGCAGGUGCGUGCUUCUUCAGCGAAAGAUAUGGACAGCCACUUCCUCUGGGAGCUAAUACAUCUCCGAAGCCAAUUGCAACGGCGUUCGGAAAAAGUCUACGUAUUGUCAAAUAGUACGGCGGAUUUCCGCAAUGCUUUCUUGAAGACGAUCCGGCAAAUCAUCCGUGAGUCGGUCCGCAACAUGUCAUUACCUACUACAACCCGGCCUGCACCACCGCCACCGCGCGCACCGCACACACUCGAACGAGACCGUGACCGACCCAAGCAUCAGGUGACUGUGAUGCAGGGAUCCCAAACACUUGGCAAAACAAAAAAACCUAAAACUUCUGGCCAACGGUUAUCAGCGGGCAAUAUUGAGGUUGGUGAUCUUUCGCGAGAAAACUCACAAGACGCCGAUGAACCACCUCAACCAUUACCUGAUGAAGAACCUGCCUUCAGGCAUAGAAGUAAAACACUUGGCGACAGUUCUGAGAGCGGUGUGAAGCGCGCGCCGCCACCGCCGCCACCAGACACAGACAAGUCAGAGCCUUCAAAGUCUGAGGGCGAGGAUGACCCCCCGCCGCCGCCGGCCAAGCGAGGGUUAGGGCGCACUCCAAACCACCUCACGCUAAGCACAACGUCGACGCUCAGCGCAGGCAGUACGGGUAGUCAAGCGAGACUCAUCCAAUCUUCACACCAACCAACACAGUACCAACCAACGAUGGUUAAAGAACUAGGAUCGCCGGUGUGGAAACCGCGCGAGAUGGUGAGCGAGGGGGGUGGUGCGACCCCCGCGCCCUCUGCACCAACCACGUUACCCCGCAGCCAACGGCCCGCGCCCCGUGCACACCUCUCCGCCAGCCGCAAAUCUUUAGCGCCAGAUCAUCGCCAUUAGUGCACACGGACUGAAUUUAUCAAAUAUUAUCGGUACACCAAAUUUCAGUAUAGUGACAAUUCAUAACGAUUCAUUUUCUGAUCAUUUUAUUUUCAUAUCAGUAUUAUGUUCUAGCUUCGUAAUUUUAUGAGAUGACUACCAAAUAGAAGAACCGUUUAGACUAGGGACAAAUUUAUAAAUUCAAAUAUGCACUGACCGUUCUGUCGAAUAAAUGGUAUUUUAAGAGAUCAUUAAACCGAUUAAGAAUCAUGCCGCCGCACGAAUAAUUAAACUGUCAAGCUCAAACGACCUUUUCUCGUGAACUAGAGUUGAUACACCUUGCCGUUAUUAGAAUUAAUAGUUAUCAUUUUAUUUCUUCCUAUACCAUUAUAAUAGUUAAAUAUUACCUGGUACCCGACUAUUCGGAUUUCUGUUUUAUAUAUAAAGAUAUUCAUGAAACACUACGUUUUAACGGUCAAGUUCUUCACUUGUAACACCGAUAAAGAUUGUAUACAUGAGUGAAUGAUAUAAUGCCUGUACAUGUAAUUCUUAUCACUGGACUCAAAUCAAAUGUGCCACGACCCGAACUGCACUUUGUUCUUCCAAAUCUUCUCAGCCGACAUUUAUUGUCAUAAUUAUAAAUUAUAUAAUAGGUGUUAAAAUUUUAUUUAGGCGCACUGGACCUGUGAUCGCAUUUCUUGCGUAGGUUCGUUGUAAUAACAUACAUAUACAUGACAAUAUCAAUAGCG